CAACUUAACGCUGGCGGGCAGCUAGAGGGUGGGAAAAAAAAAAGCCAAGGAAAAAAAGGAAUAUCCGAGGCGUAAGCGAAGCGGAUUUGGAUAAACUUUAGUGAAGUCCCGACCCGAGGAAGCUCCGAGGGGGGGAGCUGACGGCCAGUGGACUUCAUCGAAAUAAUGGACGAAUCCCAUUUCAACUCGUCCUACUUUUGGUCUCCCGUCCCCAGUGUACAAGGACAGAUCGAGAGCGCCAUGUUCCUGAACAAAACCAAGGAGCAGCUCGGCGCCGAGAAGCCCGGCGUGCCGGCGUUCCCGCACUCGGGCGCGUCUUCCUCCGCCCCGCACUACCCCACGGCGGUCCUCGCCAUCCCCGGCUCGGUGGAGGCGGGGGCCGGGCUGCGGGUGGUCACCAAACAGGAGGGCAGCGGCUCGGCCGCAGGAGGAGGAGGAGGAAGUGCGUCUGUGGGCGGACACCUGCACCAGUCGCACACUUCGCAGAACGUCACUGUCGUGCCUGUUCCCUCCUCGGGAAUCAUGACCGCAGCGGGCUUGGUCAUCACCACCCCACAAGGCACGCUGGUACCCACUGCUUCCACGCAGUCUUUUGUAGCCGGACCUCACUCUGCCACCACCAUGAUUGUGUCUGCAGUGCACCCCUCAAACGCAGACAAGAAGAGCGACAUGGCGGGACCCCCCGCCGUCGUCAUGUCGACGCCGGGCAAGCGAGGCAGGAAGAGCAAGCAGACGAUGAGCAGAGCGAGCAGCAUCCUCCCCCCAGGAAGUGACGCGUUAAUAUUGGCGCACCUUGCCGCCACCGGGCAGCAUCACUCUGCCGAUCCUUACGACCUGUCCAACGAUGAGGACGACCACUCCAGUAAAGAGGGGCCCAAAUCCUACAGGUGUCGCAUGUGCGCGGUGACCUUCUUCAGCAAGUCCCACAUGCAGAUCCACGCCAAGUCGCACACGGAGGCCAAGCCCCACAAGUGUCCCCACUGCUCCAAGUCCUUCGCCAACUCCAGCUACCUGUCGCAGCACAUCCGCAUCCACAGCGGGGCCAAGCCCUACAGCUGCACCUACUGCCAGAAAGCCUUCCGGCAGCUCAGCCACCUGCAGCAGCACACACGCAACCACACUGAGGCCAAGCCCCACAAGUGUCCCCACUGCUCCAAGUCCUUUGCCAACUCCAGCUACCUGUCGCAGCACAUCCGCAUCCACAGCGGGGCCAAGCCCUACAGCUGCACCUACUGCCAGAAAACCUUCCGGCAGCUCAGCCACCUGCAGCAGCACACACGGAUUCACACGGGUGACCGGCCGUACAAGUGCAACCAUCCUGGCUGCGAGAAAGCUUUCACUCAGCUCUCCAACCUGCAGUCUCACCGUCGGCAGCACAACAAGGACAAGCCGUUCAAGUGCCACAACUGCAACCGCGGGUACACGGACGCCGCCAGCCUGGAGGUGCACCUGUCCACGCACACCGUCAAACACGCCAAGCUGUUCUCCUGCGGCCUCUGCAACCGCUCCUACACCUCGGAGACGUACCUGAUGAAACACAUGAGGAAGCACAAUCCCGAAACGGCGGCCGAGCAGGCCCGGGGCCUCGGCUCGGGCGGCCGGGGGCGCGGGCGCGGCAGGGGCCGAGGUCGAGGGGGCCACCUCCAAGGCCAGGCCAACCCCAACGCCGGCGGCCAGAACCCCAACGCCGGACCCCCCGGCGGCUACCAGCAGCCCGGCGAGGGCGUCAUCCCCUGUCCCUUCGAUCUCCACCAGUACAAGACGGUGGCGGCCGGCGAGAUCCAGUACAAACCCGGAACCGUGGCAGACCACAAAGACCUCUGCCUCACCGUGUCCACGUCCGCCAUCCAGGUGGAGCACAUGAACUCGUAGGACACAAGACUUACUCCGUGUAAAAAGUCUUUAAAACGUAGUCUGGAAAAUUCAACAAAAAGACUGGCUUUUCUACGUGUGCGUCGGCGUGGCUUUCAAAGGGAUUUAUCAGGUCUAAAGAUGCGCAGUGUUUUCACAACUGGGAAGAAGAAGCUUUAAUGCAGAGCGCGGCCCGAGGAGUCCGAUUUGUUCGCCGAGUGCCUCGUUCCUGCCUAAAUAGGAAGCGGCUCCCAAAUCUCCGAUGAGGCGGGAGACUUUUCCGCAAAUGUCACCUCGGGUCCUGAGUUGUGGUUUAUCCUCGUUUACCUGAAGGACCAGCUGGCUCGCCAAUACAGAAGCUACCCUACAAGGUGGGCCGGAAUAAAUGACUGACUUGUUUUAAAUUAAUUUAUUGACGCCAAAAUCUUAUCAAAACAAAGGUGUGUAUACAGUCAGCUGUUUAUCGCGGGGGGGGAUAAAUUCCAAACCUAACACGUGAUCGCUGAAAAUCUGUGAUACAGAGCAGUGUUUCCCUCGCCUUUAUUUAGCCUGGGCACCAAUUUCUAUCAUGGCACACCACCAAACAAAAAUAUCACACAAGUAUAUAUACUGAAAUAACAACGCUCUCAUCUCCAUUUACUCAUAAAUUUGCUCAGUGAAACGUGGGCCUUUUUCAUUCAACACAAAGCAAUUAAUCUGUUGUAUGAAUGGCAACAGGCGGAUACACAAGUUUAUUGUACCUUCCGGCAUCUAAUGGAAAGACAUUUGUUCUGCCCGUCACUAUAAGUCGCUGGCGUUGAGAGAAAUAGAUUUGUAAUAAUAAAGUCAUUUUCAGACACAUUAAUUGGAAUUGGAUAAUUUUCUGCGGAACCCCUGAUAUUUUUUUUUUUUUUUUGUAGUUUCACCCCUCCCACAUGCUAUAAACACAACCAAACCGUAUCAUUUCAUCGAAUGCAAGUUCGCUAACUUAAUGCUAACAUAUAAUGCGAAACACCAUAGACGGGCUAACAUCGGCGAACAUCGACAUUAUGUUGUACAUCUUCAUUUUUAUAGUGUUGCCAUCAUAAAACAAAAAUAAAUAAAUAGUGCCACUUAACCAGUCAGCUACAUUUAAGUUUGUCUUUAAAUUACUAUUCUUUUUAAAAUAACACUUGCAUAGGUGUAAAUUUGGAAAUAACAAUGUUCGUCAAGAGGAGCUAGCGAGCGCAAUGACGGCUCGAUGAUUCACCCCCAAAUAACUUGAGCAAAUUUAUUUCGGGAGCGUGUAUCUAACUGGUUGCCUUCCGCAUUAAUCGGUCUCAAAGAAGUUGCUCUCAGUUUCAGAACUCAGUUUAUAGUCGUUUUCAACAACUGCUAAUUAACACACGGAGCAGCAGCAUUCAAAGCGAGCAUAUAACAAUAACAGGCAUAUAUUCCAUCGGCGCUAAGUAGGGUAGUGUCUGCGGCAGAGCGGAGUAGAAUCGUGUUUUUGGCCGCUCAAAUUGACCGUUGAGGGACAUUUGCCGAAUGCACUAAAACCACGCGGGGCUUAUGAACUAAGCACUUGACGAAGCUUUGUACUUCACCUUCUACGUUUGUCAGCUGUACUUUUUUAAUAUGUCCGUAUUUUUCUACCAAGCAGUGGAAGGUGAAAGAGCGUGAAUGUGGAAAGAACAGUGUUGUUGUUGUUGUUGUUGUUGUUACUAAUAGAAGCGUUUGUGAUCCUGCGUCGCAACAUUUUGGCAACCAGUUGUUUGGGGAAUAGUGAUUGUAUGACAAAAUGGCUGACAGGUACUGUUAUGGUUCAUCUUUUUUUUUUUUUUUUAAUAAGGCUUUUUCCAUGCAUAUAACCUCUUCCAGUACAACUGUAAUGCAAAUGUUAUCCACACUAUUAUCAAACUAAAGGCAUUAUUAUAUGGCAGUAUGCUGUACAUAGGUUUUCUGUAAAAGGGAAGCAUGUCCUGUGAAAAACUUUUUUUUUUUUUUUUUUUUUUUUAAAGACACGAUUAUAACAAACAACCUGUGAGCUUUGGAGCUUAACCCCCCCCCCCCAAAAAAAAACAUUUGAAGUUGUAUUAGUGAUAUUCACUCAAAUUAUGUUUGGACCGUAACUACCAACAAGAUUGAUAGUAUUGGGGCAAUAAGUAAAUACAAUUUACAAUAUAUUUUUUGUUUGCCUCGACUCACGCAUUUUCCCUCCGUGUAUCCAUUGCCGACUUACUAUGGAAAAAAAAAAUGAAUUUACUAUUCAUGUCAUGGUUGAUGCUAACACAUUGAGCUGUGCUACUACGCUACUCUUUAGCAUACUGUAUGCUCAUCACCUGAUCAGACGUCAUGAGAAUAAAGUUGGCAAACAGAUUUCAUAUGAAAAAUA